AUGCGCAAGUGCCCCCGCUUCCUCCAGGCAGGAAGGAGUUGGGCGCUUGCUGCCAUCAUGGCGGGUCCAGAUGCUGAGCGGGGAGCGGCGAACGCCGAGCCUGAGGUGACUCCUCCGCCCUUGGAAGGGCUGCAACUGAUUCAGCAGGGGGCCGAGGCUCGGGUCUAUCGGGGUCAAUUCCUUGGCCGCCCAACCGUGAUGAAGCUCCGUUUCCCCAAGCGAUACCGGCACCCAGUGCUGGAGGAACGUCUGAGCCGGAAGCGGACAGCACAAGAGGCCCGAUCGUUGUUACGCUGUCGACGGGCAGGAAUUUCAGCUCCAGUUGUAUACUUCGUAGACUACGUUUCCAACUGUAUAUAUCUUGAAGAUGUUGUGGGAUCAACCACAGCCCGAGACUAUAUAAUCUCUGAACAGCAAUCUGGAAACAGUGCCAACAAUCUUAUUUUGUUGGCAGAGAAGAUAGGUGAAAUUUUGGCACAAAUGCAUGAUGAGGAUCUUGUACAUGGAGAUCUCACAACUUCUAACAUGCUUUUGCGACCUCCUGCAGAAAAGCUGGAGUUGGUGUUAAUAGAUUUUGGACUGAGCUUUAUUUCUGCUCUUCCUGAGGAUAAGGGUGUUGAUUUGUAUGUCUUGGAGAAAGCCUUUUUGAGUACCCACCCAAACACAGAGGUUCUCUUUGAAGCACUUUUGAAGAAGUACUCAGCUGCAUCUAAAAAAUCAGUCCCAGUGAUUAAAAAACUGGAUGAAGUACGGCUAAGAGGAAGAAAGAGAUCCAUGGUUGGAUAAAACAAUGCAAGCAACAUAUAGAACAGCGAGGAGAGGUUUAACUCUUUAUGCCGUUUGAAUAUUUUUAAGUAUGUAAACUUAUAAAAUAAAAUUCAGUAAUUGUCAUUGUAUCAUAAUUUUA